AUGACCUUACCGACCAUCGUGUUUAUUCCAGGUGCGUGGCACACCUGUGAAUACUACAAACAUGUCAUAUCCAUCCUCACGGCAAAGGGAUUUCCCACCGCAACUGUCGACCUACCGUCCGUGGGUGGUAUCUCACCUAUGGCAGAUGAUGCAGCUAUUCAGAAGGUAACCUCGGAGCUGGCUUCCGAUGGUCAAAAGAUUAUCCUAGUCAUGCAUUCAUAUGGUGGAAUUCCUGGUACGGAGCAAAGGGCUUGCUCGGAAAAUACGCUAGACGGAAGAAGGGAUGAGCGUGGAAAGUGUGGCAAGUGGAGCAGAGAUGGGAAAAUAUUCUACGAUAGAGCAACUGCCAUCGAGAGAUUCUACCAUGAUUUCCGGAAAGAUGAAUCUCCAACAGCAUGGGCUAUGAAUUUGAAGGCACACUCUGCGGCAUCUUUCUCGGACCCUCUAACCUAUGCUGCGCAUCGGGAUAUUCCAGCCAUAUAUUUGCUCUGCGAGCAGGAUAAGUCGCUCCCGCUUGGGAUUCAGGAACUCUUUGUGAGUUACGCCGAGGGGAAAGUCACUACCCGAAGCUGCAGUCGGGGCACAGUCCAA